UGCGCGGACGCAACUACUCGCAAUGUACCGGUGUUAUAUCUGAUAAAACGUGAGGAUAAAACUAGUGCUGGAGUUACACCAAUUAUCUAAUACUGGAUUUUACGAAUACAAUAGAAAGAUCAACUACCAAAAAAUGUCAGAAUACUGUGAAUACAUGUGGGAUCCAACCCGCGGUCACGGAAGCACAGCGCUAGCCCGAAGUAUCUACCAGGAAGAGGCUCGUCUCGAUUUGAAAGACAAAAAGCUCGCUAUAAAAACAGUACGAGCGAUUCUCCGAGAAAUGCCCGGUGUAGACUUGAAGCAGUGUAACGACGAAUACAUAACGCGCUUCCUGUUGGCCCGGAAGUACCGGACUGAGCAGGCCGCUGCCCUGAUUGGAGCUUAUCAGGCGCAGGUGGCACAUCGUCAAGAUAUUUUUGGAAAUCUCACUGCCAGGGAUCCCGCACUGCAGAGGGCUCUCAGGGCGGGAAUUCCGGGGGUUCUUCCUGCUCGUGAUAAAAAAGGGAGGUGUGUUCUUGUAAUGCUGGCUUCCCAAUGGGACCCCAUAGCAGUGCCAGCUCUGUCAGUUCAACGUGCAAUUUUCCUAGUUCUCGAAACUCUUAUUCAAGACCCACGUAAUCAGCAAUGUGGAUUUGUGAUUGUGAUCGACUGGUGUAACUUCACACUGCGUCAGGGAAGUGCGCUUGGUGCGGCAGCUCUUCGUAAUUUGAUAGCAGCACUUCGGGGACGGUUUCCGGCGAGAUUCAAGGGUAUUCAUUUUCUCUCGGCUCCGCUCUAUGUUCAAGCCACACUGGCCUUGGUGAAGCCCUUUCUCGAUGAAAAAACACGUCACAAGAUCUACCUCCACGGGAAUAAUUUGAGUACUCUCCACGAGCACCUGCCAACGGACAUUCUGCCCGCAGAGCUCGGUGGAACCGGCCCCUCGUUCAACCCCGGUCUCUGGGCGGAGCCGGUCAUUCAUUCGGCAAUGAAAGAGGCCGAGCUGGCCGCUAUAAAAAAGGACAAAGACCCGGCGGAUAAACAAGGAGAAAUCAAAGAGAGAUGCAGCGAGAGACACAAUGGGGACGCAAUUAGAGCCAAGGCCACCAUCGAGGGAGAAAGCAAAAGCGACAGGUUGGAGAUACCUCUCGACGCGAUCCACAAAUCCACGAAUGCAUCAGUAGACGAAGAGAAUAACAUAAAUGUGGACAAUCGCCGGGGAAAUUUGCGGAGAGAGAAAAAUAAAGUCUCCAGCGAGACCGAGAACAUUCUGGACAACGACUCCAGGGUGAGAAUCUAUCGGGAUGAGGAGGACAACGUCACCAGGAGAAUCGAGUCGGAGUCCGAUAUCGAGUGCCUCGAUCCGCCUUCUGAAACUAAUUCUAAUGAGUUUGAAAUGAUCUCGAAUAAUUUGGGUAGCGAGGACAGCAGGGACAAUUCUUUGGACAGUCUCAGGGGCGAGAGGGUCAAGAUCAAGGGCAGCAAAGACAAAUUGCCCGAGGAAACGAAUCUCAUUACUUGAUUUAAUGACGUUGGGGUGGAACCAGCAAUUUUUUUCAAUUAAUUUAAAGAGAAAACGUGUGGAAAAAAUUAAUAGAUAAAAUUGAGGUUUUUUAAGGAAAGGAGUUCUCAAAAUUACACGAGAAAAAUGAACAUUCAUUGAAUUUUUUUUGUCUGAAAAUAAUCGUUAAAAAAACGCGUGACAAAAUGCAGAUUUUUAAUAAAAAUCAUCGCAUUUUUUUUAAAUUCUGUAAAGUGUUUUAUAAAAAACGUCGGGGUUUUUAAUAUUUUUUCACAUUAUGAUUACGAAAAAUAAUCAUAGUAGUAUGAAAAAAAUGGGAUGAAAAAAUCGAAAGAUUAUGUUAAAUUAUGGUUUCAUGAUAGUGUGAAUGGAAAGAAUCAAUAAAUAAAAUUAAGGUUUUCUAAAGAAAGAACUUUUCAAAAAGUAAUAAGAAAAAUAAACAAGCAUUGAAUUUUUUUAUCAAAAAAUAUUCAGUCAAAAACGUAUGAUAAAAUUGCAUUAUUUUCAAUAGAAAUCAGCGUAAAAUUUUUUUUUUAAUUCAGUAAAAUGUUUUAUAAAAAACGUUGAGUUUUCUUACCACAUAUUUUUCGAAUGGAAAAAAUUGACGUUUUCUGAGGAAAAAACUUCUGAAAAUUAACAAGAAAAAUGAACAUUUAUUGAAUAUUUUUCCAUUAAAAAAAAAUCAUUCAAAAGCGCAUGGCAAAAUUGCAUAAUUUCCAGCAGAAAUCGACGCAAAAAAAUAUUUUUUUCAAUUCAGUAAAUUUUUUAAUAAAAAACAUUAGGUAUUUCAUCAUAUUUUUUCAUAUCAUUAUGAUUAUGAAAAAUAGAAAAUAGUGUUAUGGAAAACCCUUGACUUCUUGUAUUCUUCUGUGAUCAAAAGCUGUUCAUAAAACUGUAACUCACCCCAUAAAAUUCCAAGGCUUCCUUUGCAUGUAAUUGAAGUAGAGAAAUGCGAUGAGUUGCUUCAUUCCAAUCAGUUGAUGACGCAAAUAUUCUGAGCAUGAGUCACUUCGGGAGAAAAUGUCAAACCACAUUUUUUUCUGAGAAUUUUUUUUAUGGAUUUAUAAUAGGGAAUUUCCUCAGCUGUAAAAAGUCCUCUGACGUUAAAUUUCGCGACUUCAACGUCAAAUUCAUGUACUAUUGGGAGAAAAUUAUUGUAAAAAAUAAUAAUUUUAGCCUCGAAGAGUUGCAUUAAUCAACAUUCCAUUCUAUUGUUCUUCACGUGGAAAUGAAAUAUUUUGUGUUAAAUAUUUCUAUUGAAAACUUUUCAUUUCCAAUAUUUUCUAUAGAAAUUUCUGUAGCAUUUCUGUUUUAUAGAUUUUUCCGUAGAAAUUCUAUGGAACAUCUAUAGAAAACAGGAAGCAAUAACAAUCAACAUUUCUAUAUAGAAUCUAUAGCAAAAUCUAUAGAAAUAUGGAUGCCUAUAGCAAUUCUAUAGACACAAAAAUGAAUAUCAAGAUCUAUAGAUUUUUCUAUAGAAAUCUCUAUACAAUAGGAAAGUAUAUAGGGUUUUUAAAUUGCGAAAUGGCUAUAGUUUUUUCUAUAGAAUGCCAUCUAUAUAAAACAAGAAGAAAUUAUUUAAUUAAUAAUGCAAUUAUCAGAAAAAAUUGUUCGAAGAGUAUUUUCUCACAGUGAAAGAAGUCUUUUGACACUUCGUUUCGUUACUUCAAUCAAAAAUUCAUGUAUUACUAGAAAAAAAUAUAUUGUAAAAAAAAAUCUCA